AUGCCAUUUUUAUUUACUGAAGUAUUGGAGCAUUUAGAAGCUGAUCUGGACUGGAUCCCAAGAAACAUCUCUACGGGGUUUAUAAACGGUAGCUGGCUCCAGCCACCCACUCUCCUUCUAACAGGCAUUCCUGGACUGGAGGCUGUACAAAUAUGGAUCUCUGUUCCACUGUGCAUCAUGUAUCUAAUUGCCCUCUUAGGUAACUGCACUAUCCUCUUUGUUAUUAAAAGCACUUCCAGCCAUCAUGAGCCUCAGUACAUCUUCCUGUCUAUGCUGGCAGGCACAGAUAUGGGUCUGUCUUUAUUAACUCUACCUACAGUACUCAAAGUCUUCCUCCUGAAUCACAGAGAGCUUGAGUUCCACUCUUGCCUGACACAGAUGUUCUUCAUCCAUACCUUCUCCUCCAUGGAGUCAGCCAUCCUGUUGGCCAUGGCCUUUGACCGAUUUGUAGUUAUCCGCAACCCACUGCUCUACACUGUGGUUUUAACCCCUCCUUGGAUUAUUGGGAUGGGGAUUGCAGCCGUGGUUAGGGGCGUGGUGUUGAUAGUACCCUUGCCAGUCCUGCUUCAGUGAUUAUCCUUCUGCAAAGAUGUUAUUCUAUCGCAUUGUUACUGCUACCACCCUGAUGUUAUGAAACUGGCCUGUGGCUCUGUCACAGUCAACAGCAUCUAUGGGUUGUCCAUUGUUCUCUGCUCCUUUGGAGUUGAUGCUAUGUUCAUUGCCAUUUCUUACAUCCUUAUUUUGAAAACAGUGCUGGGUAUUGCCUCAGAAGAUGGUCAGCUCAAGGCGCUUAAUGCUUGUGCUUCCCACAUUUUCACCAUCUGCAUCUUUUAUGUGCCACUCACUGUGCUGGCUCUAAUUCAUAGGUUCGGUACAUUCACAUCUCCUCUUCUCCACGUCACCAUGGCCAAUCUCUUCCUCUUCUUAACCCCAGUGCUUAAUCCCUUGGUUUAUAGCCUAAAAACCAAACAGAUAAGGUCUGCAGUGCACAAGGUAUUCAAGGGCAGGAGAAACUUUCUCAAGUAG